GAAUGUCAGUGUAGUUUUAUUUAAAAUUCGAAGUAUAAAUGAUUAAAAAAUUUGGAAUAUGUCGACAAGACAGCGGCUCCUCCCACUUUAAAAUACUAAUACGUAGUUAAUGCGAGUUGUAUAAUAAACUUGGACGAUUUUGUCAAAAUAAGUAACCGUUUGUAAAGAAUCGAAAGUUGAAAAUAUGAGCGUCACAGAGUUGGAGAAUAUUAGUGAUAUAUUAGAGAAACUCGUAGCUUCUGUAUGUGGUGAACAAAAACCAGAAGUCAUUCAAAAGUGCAUGCGAUUUUCAUUAAGUUUAUUGGCUACGACACAAGGAAUCGAUACUUUAAAAGAAGAUGAAACAAUGAUUGCUAGUCAAAUUAAAAGUACAUUAUCUACACAAGAUGCUACUCUAUUCGAUGAAUUACACAACAAUUUAAAAGAUGGGGACUUCAGGAACCGUCUUGGAAUACUACGUUUUCUGCUUCAAAUGAGUCAAUCAAGCGAUCGAAUUCAAGAUGAUCGUUUUGUAUUUUCAGAAAUGAGAUUAGGAUUAAAUAUCCCAUUUGCCUCAACAAGUGGAUAUUCUUGUCAACUAUCUAGUUCUCACGCUUCCCAUACACAAGUGCCAUUUUUAUCAACAGAAUCAAAUAUGUUAUUAACUUCAAAUAAAAUAAUUGAUGAAGAUAGUAUAUCGGAAGACAUUCUCGUUCAGGAUCUUAUAUAUUCAUUUCAAGGUAUAGAAGGAAAAGUUUUAAAACUUGACUCUAGUUAUGGAUUUCAAAUUGAUCCGACAAUAAGAAUAAAUCGUCCACAAAAACAGACUGUUUUAAGACUCAGCGAGCUUGGAUAUUUAUACAAUGUUAUUCAACGAGGAUUAGGAAGAAUUGUUAGUGGCAGUAAUGGGAGAGUUGCGGACAGUUUUGUAGCAGCUCUUCAUAAGGAACUGGCCGAGUAUUAUAGAUUUAUAGCAAACGCACAAGAAGAAGUAAAUAGAGUAAAGGAUCCUUUAGGAUUAGAUAGAGUAACGCUUUCUCAUCUUCAUUUAUGGGCUUAUGAUCCUCUUGAAACGCUUAAAUGGCUAGCCAGUAUUGUGCGAACUUGCGUGGGUCAAACUGGAGGAGCUCUUGCUUCAAUUGUUUAUGAAUUCAGUCAUCAUGGAGAUCCAAGAGUAAAAAAACUUGUUAAAAGAAUAUUAGAGAGUGUUUCAGAACCACUUUAUAAUAUGCUUUUAAGAUGGAUAACGGAUGGUGAAUUGGAUGAUCCAAAUAAAGAAUUCUUUAUUGAGUCGUGUGCGGAAGUUGCUGGAGAGAGAAUGUGGCAUGAAAAAUAUCAAGUGAGAGAUUCAAUGGUUCCAUCGUUUAUUAAUAGAGCACAAGCAAGGAAAAUUUUGGGCACUGGAAAAAGCAUCAAUUUUUUAAGAGAAGUGUGCAAGGAUUUUUCUCCCUUACAAGGUCGUGAGACCGAAGUAUUUAAGGGCUCUUCUGAAAAAAUUGGUGUUGAAGCAUUUUUUGAUAUGGAUCCAGAUGGACCACUACAAACAAUGAUGGAUGUAGCUUAUAAAGAGACAUCCAUAAGAGUUGUUGAUAUUCUAACAAAACAAUAUCACUUAAUGGAUCAUUUACAAGGUAUCAAAGGAUAUCUUUUAUUGGGACAGGGACAUUUUGUUCAGCAUCUCAUGCAUCUAUUAGAACCAGAAUUAGCCAAACCAGCUAAUUCUUUAUAUCCUCAUAAUAUUGCUUCAAUUUUGGAAACUGCGAUUAGAGCUACAAGUACUAAAUUAGAUGAAUUAGAUGUUCAAAAAAGAUUAGAUGUGAGAUUAUUGGCACCUUCAGAUAAUGAAACUGGAUGGGAUGUUUUUGCUCUUGACUAUAAUGUGGAUGGACCUAUUGGAACGAUAUUGGAAUCAAGUCGUCAAACAUAUCAAGCAGUAUUUUUUUCCCUUUGGCGAGCUAAGCGAAUGGAGACAAUUUUGUCUGCGAUAUGGAAACAGCAAAUUACAUCUGCUAAAAUGUUUAGUAAAAUGCCUGAAAUAUUACCAAUACAAAAACAUAUUCACUUAAUCACAAGCAGUAUGGUACAUCUGGUUCAUCAAAUGCAGUAUUAUUUUUUAUUCGAAGUUAUCGAAUGUUCUUGGGAUGUUUUUGCUAAACAACUUGGACAAGCGUCAUCUCUUGAUGAUAUUAUAAUAGCACAUACUAAUUUUAUCGAAUCUGUACGAAGAGGUACUCUUCUCGAUGAGCAAUCUCAAGAAUUAAUGAAUCAUCUUCGCUCUGUAUAUGGUCCAAUUCUAGAACUGCAAACGCUCGAAGAAACUUUUCUUGCUCGUGCUACUACAGAGUACGAAACAAGAGUAAGUUCUGAAAAAUUUAUUAAUACAGAAAGUGAAAAUAAAAAUCAGUGGGGUUGUACGAAAAAUCAAGACGUAGAUAAUGUAGAAAGAAAGAGUUUAUUUCUUAAAUAUUUAAAUACAUUGGCAAUGAAACUUAAACUGUUAUCAAGAACAUAUCAGGAUCGAGUUAAAAAAUUUUUACUGAUGCUUGCUUCUGCAGAAGAUGUUUCCUUGCAGCUAUUGAGUGUUCGAUUGGAUUUUAACGAAUAUUAUAUAAGUAAAGAUAGUAGACUCGUAGCUCCUUUAACAUACCAGCAUCGUAGGCAAAGUGAUCAAUCUUUUCUUGCUGAUAAGUGACAAACAAUAUUAGAAGGCCAAAGUAAAAAUCAAGGAAAUCUCGAUUCACAAUUCUCAACAUUAUUUAUUAAUACUAAUACAAACAAUUGUCAUAAUUUUAAAGAGCCAGGAACU